AUGCCGACUAGCAGCGGGUUGUCCCUGCUCUCCGCCGUUUGCGUGCUCCUCCUCUCCCAGGGUUGUCUCGGCCAGCUGCCCUCUGGAGAGGGGAGGCAGCCCCGCCGGCAGACGGAGAGGAGGGAAUGGCGGCUUGAGAGGCUGGAGGCAGUGGAGCCGUCAAGGAGGAUCCAGGCCGAGGCGGGGGUGAUCGAGUACUGGGACCAGAACCAGGAGCAGUUCCAGCUCGCUGGCGUCGCUGCCUACCGGACGACCAUCGAGCCCAGGGGGCUUCUUCUGCCCUACUACUCCAACGCCCCUCGCCUCGUCUACAUCAUCCAAGGUCAGUGCCGUGAGACAGACCGGGAUAUCUCUCAGAUUAACGCCACAGUUCUCUAAGAGGCUGCUUUCUCUCUAUCUCUCUCUAAAAAAUGGGCACGCCAUCUUGUUCUCAUAGGGAACGGUGUUAGUAGCUCCGUGUUCCCGGGAUGCCCGGAGACGUUCCAGUCCUUCCAACAGUCGGAGCCACGGGAGGAGGAACGACGGGGAGAGAGCCUUCGUGAUCAGCACCAGAAGAUUCACCGGUUCCGGGAGGGAGACGUCAUCGCUCUGCCGGCCGGCGUGGCCACCUGGUUCUACAACGACGGUGAGACGCCCGUUGUCGCCAUUACCGUCGCCGACACAGGCAACAACGCCAACCAGCUCGAUCAGAGACUGCGAGUAAGCUAUUCACCCGUUCGGAUCCUCGUCUACUCCAGUUGGAGAACGUGUGCUUACGAGAGUAUCGUCUGCUGUUUCGUUUUUCUCCGGGAUCGUUCUGCAGAGGUUUGAGCUGGCCGGCAGCGCCCAACGCCGAGAAUCGACCGAGGGAGAGGAGGGCUUCUCCGGCAACGUCUUCCGUGGACUCAACGUUGACGUACUUGCCGAGGCAUUCGGCGUCAGCCGUGAGACCGUAAGGAAGCUACAAGGACACGACGAACGGAGGGGCAAUAUCGUCCGGGUCGAGAGGGGGCUCCAGUUCGUGAGGCCGGAGAGACGCCAAGAACAGCAGGAAGAGGAAGAAGAAGAAGAAGAGGGGCGCCGGAGGAGGACGAGGGGGACGAACGGUCUAGAGGAGGUCCUCUGCAACCUCGGGAACAGAGAGAACAUCCGCAACCCGGACCGCGCCGACGUGUACAGUCGGGAGGCCGGAAGCGUCACCAGCCUCAACAGCCAGAAGCUCCCAAUCCUCCGGUUCCUUAGGCUGAGCGUGGAGGGGGGAUUCCUCAGGCAGAACGCCCACUACGCGCCCCACUGGAACAUCAACGCCCACAGCAUCCUCUACGUCACCAGGGGCCGCGCCCGCCUCCAGAUCUCCGGCAACCAAGGCCGGGAGGCCAGCUUCGACCGCGAGGUGCGGCGGGGCCAGAUCGUCGUCAUCCCGCAGAACUUCGUGGUGGCGGCGCAGGCCGGGAGCGAGGGGUUCGAGUGGGUGUCUUUCAAGACUGAGGACUUCCCCCUGGUCAGCCCGCUGGCGGGGAAGGCGUCCGUCUUCCGCGGCCUGCCGGAGGGGGUCAUCGCCAACUCCUACCGGAUAACGGACGAGGAGGCGAGGCGGGUGAAGCACGGGAGGGGCGAGGAGUUCCUCGUCUUCCGUCCCCGGGCGCAAGGUGGUCGAGUCGCCGCUGCUUGA